ACCGGUGUAUAUCUCCUUUUCCAUGACUGCUGCCUUUAUUACCGUCCUUUGGACUUUACAUUAAACUCUCUGUGUCAUUUAUCAGUAGCUGUCCAUCGAUUGGCUGAUUCCUUCUGAACCGCGAUUUUUGAUGGAUAACAAAGCAAAUAUUGGUUUAGCUGGUUGUCUUUCAAAUGUUUUUAAGCUGGCAGAGGUUGAAGGAUUGAAGUGGGUUCGAUAUGUUGGACCAAAUAGUUCAUCACUUGAAACACCUAAAGUUGAUCCAGUUUUGACAUCUUAUGCCAAGCUAUUGAGUGAAGGAUAUGCUUGUUCAUGGAGUAGGUUGUCUCCUUCUACUGAUGGAGUAAGCGGAGAAGGGAAAGACCUUUGGGUCUUUUAUUUUACUACAUUACCGGAUCUGUCACAGGAGCUGGCUCCUGAUUUACGAGAAGAGAGUCGUGGCUCAUGGGAGAAUGGUACUGGAAUGUCAACAGAAUCAAGUGCUAUGCUCUUUCGAGCUUUAAAUGGUCUUAUAGAAAGGUCUUUAUUAACCGAGAAUUUUCUUCCUCUUGGGAAAUGGUUUGCACGUCCUGAUCCUUCAAUGGGUUCUGACGGAAGGGGUUGUUUCCUUUGCAAUUUUUCAUUUUUUAUUUAUGCUCAUUUGUACAUAUGUGCAAGUGUUGAUGUGAGGGCUGGUCCUGCUCUUCAGCCACUGUUACAAAGCCACCUUCAUCAAGCAUUAGCUUCAUCAUCUGGGAUGCAAGUUAUUCUGAGCCCAAGUGGUCUUAAUGCUAUUAUGACAGGGCACAGCUAUCAAAUAACUGAUCCUGGUAUUGAGGAGUUGCUGGAUGAAUGGAAGUUGUUCUACCCACUACGUUUUACAGCAGAGUCAUUGUCUCAGCUACCUGCUGCUGUUGAAGUAGUUUUGGGUGGAGUUCGGUUGCGAUAUCCUUCUCAAUUUGUUUUUGUGUAUCAUUCAGAGGGCUCAUUCCCUACUCCUCCUCCUUCUCCUAUUGAUGAAGGUAUGACAGAGAGAGUCAUUCAAGGUGGAUGGGAAGAAACCACUUGUGUUGAUCCAUUAGUUGUCCAAAAGGAUUGUGAGAGUUGUAGCUGUACAUAUCAUGCCUAUCAUCGUGAAUCUCAUUCUAAUGUUUCUAAGCCAAGCCGUCCUCAUCGUUUGAUGUCUAAUAGUGGUGAUUCCAUUAAAAAUGAACGCUCUUCGAAACCACAUCGUUAUCGACCUUAUUCUGGCCCUCACCCAACGGAUAAUGCUACGCCUAUGAGAGAGCAACCUGUCCCUUCAUCACUUAAUUUAAGUACAUCAGUAUUAAGCACAACCACCAAACGCCCUGGCCCACCAAGAUAUGCUACACCUCUCCCUUCUCCAGCUGUUACUUUGCCUCAUUCUCCUGCUCUUAAAGCUCCCAUGUUCCCAAAUCCACAUUUCCCUGUAUCUUCUGCUCAUGUACAAAGCACCCCUCCUCCUCCUGCUCCCUGUCCUGCCUCAACAGGGCCACCCUCAUCUCUUCCUUCCAACGCUUACAACAUAUCCCAAGUUGCUGAUCUUAUUAUGGCAUCGUCCAAUGAGAAAGAACAAAUAUCUUCGUCAUACAACUUGAGAGACACCGGAUGGUGGCAAUGCUUGUAUCUUCCAGAUAGUUUGUCAUCGAUGCAGAGAUUAGUCUCUCCAACAUCACCGUGGGCAACUGGGUUUACUCUGUUACCCAAUGCUCCACAUGGCAUUCCUGGUUCACCAAAUGUAGUUGGAGGAGAUCCUACUAGAAGCACAAAAAGGGUCAAGAGUAGCGAGAGUCAGUUCCCAGACAUGCAUUCUCCCUCCAAGAGAAAACCGGGGAACCAAAUAAAAGUGAAUUCUCAGAUUGAAGCAUCUUUGUUGGACCCACAUCAUCCUUUUCAGGAUGAAACAAUAGAUAAAAAUAUAGAUGCUUACAAUUCAACAACUGGCACUACUGGUAAAGAUCCAUUUAUGAUGGUGCAGCAGCAACUGGAAGCUGAUGAUGGUUUAAGUAGCAGUACUAUUCACAAACCUGGUGGUGGUAACUUCGAUUUGACAAGUGAGAGUGCUGUUAAAAUAUCCGGGGACUUGGGUGAAUUAUUCGAUGAUUCUGAAGAAGAGGAUGAAAUACCAAAAAUGACAUCUACUGGAGAAAUGAAUCUUUUUUCAUAUCCACCUAUUGAUAACAAUAGAAAUAGCAAGAUGAAUAAGAUGAAUCAUGGUGAAUGUCAUCCACUACCUGACCUCUCACACAUAUACCCUACACCACCUUCUGUUGAAUCUACUGAUGACAAAUUUGAUGAAGGAAAGUGCUUUGAUGAAAGGAACGAAAUUGUCGAAGCUAACUUGAUGAUUAAAUUGUGUCCUUUUGAUGAUGUUGUCAUGGAUAUUAUUCCUGAUGACUUCAAGCCAUUGACUGGAGUCUGCAACACAACUGUUAAUCAGCAAAUGAAGAACUGUGUUUACAUUAAAGCUCCAUCUAGUCCUAUUAAUAAUGCACAACAAGAAAAGUCUGUAUCAUCUUCAAACAGAGCUAAUUCUGAACCUCAGAAAUUCAUUUUUCCCCCACCAUCAUCUUUGAUUCGCAAUACAUGUACAUUGUCUCUUCCACUGUCAUCACGAGAUCAAACCAUGUCACCACUGCUGUCUACUCCUUUCACUGCCUUACCAUCAGCAUCUCCCAGUGUUAGAGGCGGUGGUGUCUCAGGAAGAUUACCAAAGAGAUUCUCAUCAGUACAUUUAGUGAACCGUUCACUCUCUAAACUUCCAUCAACUAAUGUUGGAGGGAUCAAGCAACUUCCUUCCCAGCCUUCACUUGAUAAAGAAGACAACUCAGCUGCCUGGAUAUUGGAUCUUUUGGCUCUUCCAACAAACUUUGUGACAAAGAAAUUAAGAGAGCUCAAGACAGUCUUUCAAAAUUCGUUUCACCAUGCUCCAUGCAUUAAAGUAUCAACAAAAGGUCCACUUACAUUGAAAGAUCUUCAAACUUUAACUCCAAGUCAAAGUUUAGCAGGUGAUGAUUGUUUGCCAUUACCAAUGCAUCCACUUGUUGUUGGAUAUGAUCAUGAAUGGAUGAGUGUUUCACCUUUGUCCGUACCAACCUGGGAUAAGUUGCUGUUUGAACCAUACUCAACUCCAAAGCACGUCAUGUACUUAGUGGUGUGUCCUGGAGGAGAGACUACUUUGGAUACAAUUGUUAACUUUUUCAGGAACCUUAGCAUAACUUAUAAGACUUCGAGACUUGGUUGUCAUGUUCCUUUUGAUAAAGGAGAAUGGGACGAAGGAAUUGUAACGGGCAGUACUAGCAAAAGAAAUACUGAUGAGAAAGAUGAGAAAACAAUAACUAUUAAAAGUGAAAGCAAAAAGGAAGUUCCUUCUUCGUUGCCAUCAUCUAAUUUACAGAAGAUGUGUAAAGAAGUGAUAACUCCAUUUCUAUUAAAUCUUCCAUCUGACAAGGACAAGUUGCUAGAGAAUACAUCACAUGAUGUUCACAUGAAUAGACAGCUUGCAAGGCCUGUUCCUGUCUUCAUUGUAUUGUACAUCGUCAUGAAAGAAAGUGAGAACCGGGUUACAAAAGCAUCUGGGAAAAAAGAUGAAGUGAUAAAGGUCAUGAAAGCCAUGUCUUCAUUACUUUCAAAUGAGCAAUUGCCAGACUCAAUUAAGAGUAGGAUAGUUAUACAAGUAUGCUUCCAUGUUAACUUGUACGACUAUAAAAUAUCUCUCAUUCUAUUGUUAUAG